UCUUACCGUUAGCCUCUCCGCGGCUAAGUUAAAGAAAAAAACCCUAACUUUCUCAAUCAAAUCAACUCAAUCUUCAUAUCAAAAUCAAAUCCAAAUCAAAACUAAAUCUUUCCAAAUCUAAACCCCAAUCUCUUGAAUCUCAAUCUCAAGAAAACUUCUCUCGGCAACAAUGGCGGCUCUAGCUCCAGGGAUCCUCCAGAAGCUAAUCGACGGCAUGAAAACCGGAGUCAAACCCACCGGAGAACACAGAAGCUCUCUCCUCCAAGUCACGGACAUAGUCCCGAUCGAUCUCGACGAGAAGAACCUCCUCCCGAAACAGGGCUUCUUCAUCAAACUCUCCGACUCUUCCCACUCCAUCUACGUCACCCUCCCCUCCGACCAAGACGACGUCGUGCUGAGCAACAAGAUGCAGCUCGGCCAGUUCAUAUACGUCGACAGGCUCGAUCCGGGGACACCGGUUCCGAUCGUCCAGGGAGCUAGGCCGAUCCCUGGGCGGCAUCCUCUGCUCGGGACUCCCGAGGUGGGUGGCGCGAGAGGGAAGGAGGAGACUGGUUCGAGGCCGAGGAGGGGGUCUUGGGGUCAAAACGGGGACGUUGGGUCGUCUCCUUUUGUGUUAAAGUCUGCGCCUUUGGAUUUUGAUCAGUGUACUCCGGCGAAACAGAGGAGGUUUGCGGCGGCGGCGUCUCCGAUGACGACUAGAGGGAGGUCUCCAGGUGGGGUUAGGUGUUCUUACGGAGGAGGUUUGUUGGGGAAGAUGGGGGAUUUGAAGGGGGAGAGCCCUGCUUCGAUGAUGAGGAAGAGCUGUGUUGUGCCGCCAUCAUCGAGCUCGAAGUUUCCGAGGAGUAGGAGUGUUUGCGAUAGAGAUAAGAUGAUCUCUGUUUCCUCUGCUCUUCUUAGUCCUAUUAAAUCGGCGAAGAAAAGCAACUCACCGCCUCCGAGUACACGCACUAGACGAGCUACAGCAGCAGCUGCGCUGAUGGAAGAAGAGAGAGAUGCUCCAAAGUCUAUUUCGAAAUUGGCUUCUCCGAAGCAGAGUAAGCUACUGGAGAAAACAGAGAAGAGUUGGAGUCUAACGGGAAGACUCAGCACACUGGGAAAGGAAGCUAUGCAGCAGAGGGAGACGGCUCAGAAGAUAGCUCUUCAGGCAUUGAGAGAAGCUACUGUCACUGAAACAGUUGUUCGUCAUCUCAAGACACUAGCCAAUCUGAGCAAAUCAGCAAAACCUGAUUGCCCUGCUGCUUGCUUCGAGAAGUUCUUGGAGUUCCACAAGCAGAUAUCUGAAACCAUGAGCGAGAUCUCUUCCAUUGAAGCAACUGCUGUUUCAUCAGCUACUACUACUGACCACAAAUCUGAAGAUGGAUCGAUACUUAACGAAAUACAGCACAACUCUAUUGACCAGGAGAAGACUGCAUCGAAGAGAAGAACUACUGCACUGAAGCAGCAGCAAAACCACAAGCAGUUACGAUCAAACGACGAGAACAAGAACCCCUCAGCUCCUCCUCCUUCUUCUGGGUUAGGAAACACAGCGAGGUUGGCUAAAGAGACAGAGAAAGAAGCUGCAAAUUGGUUCAUGGAGUUUAUAGAGAAGGCUCUAGAGAAAGGGAUGAAGAAGUGCAAAAGCACAGGUGAUGCAGAUGUUAAGAAGGUUCCACAGUCUCUUAUUCUACAAGUUGUAAACUGGGUGGAAACAGAACAGUCUGCUGAUAAUAACACUAGACGGCAGGUACAUCCAAAAGCAUCACAGAUCACUAGAAAGCUCAGAAUCAAAAUGAAGAAUCCAUAAAUAGUGCAGAAGAUACUGAGAUUUUUUUUUUAAUGUUGUUCCACACUUCUACUACUACUGUGAAAAGGCUUUAAGUUUCCACUGCUUAUAGAGAAAUAAAUAAUGAUUCAUUGA